AUGGAUCUCGCGGCGGAGGAGCUUCAAUUUCUCAGCAUCGGAGGUAUUCUGCGCGAAUCCACCACGAUCCCCAAAUUUUCCCCCAAAACCUUCUAUCUCAUAACCCUAACCCUAAUUUUCCCUCUCUCCUUCGCAAUCCUCGCGCAUUCCCUCUUCACACAACCGAUCUUAGCUCAGCUCGAUUCUACUCCUCCUUCCGAUCAAUCUCAGACCAACCACGAAUGGACUCUCCUCUUCGUCUACCAAUUCAUCUACAUCAUCUUCCUCUUCGCCUUCUCUCUCCUCUCCACAGCCGCCGUCGUCUUCACCGUCGCGUCUCUCUACACCGGAAAACCGGUUUCUUUCUCCUCCACGAUGUCUGCGAUUCCUCUGGUUCUAAAGCGUCUCUUCAUCACAUUCCUCUGGGUUUCUCUCAUGAUGCUGGUCUACAACUCCGUGUUCUUGCUGUUUCUCGUGAUCCUUAUCGUAGCCAUCGAUAUACAGAGCGUGAUCCUCACUGUUUUCUCCAUGGUUGUGAUCUUCGUCCUGUUCUUGGGCGUUCAUGUUUAUAUGACCGCUUGGUGGCAUUUAGCUAGCGUUGUCUCUGUUCUUGAGCCCAUCUAUGGCAUCGCUGCGAUGAAGAAGAGCUAUGAGUUGCUUAAAGGAAGGACUCACAUGGCUUGUUCUAUGGUUUUUAUCUAUCUCGCGCUUUGUAGCUUCACUGCUGGAGUUUUUAGUGGAGUGGUUGUCCAUGGAGGAGAUGCUUUCGGGAUUUUCACGAGGAUUGUGGCUGGAGGGUUCUUGGUUGGUGUUUUGGUGAUUGUGAAUCUUGUGGGGUUGCUCGUGCAGAGUGUGUUUUACUAUGUAUGCAAGAGCUUUCACCAUCAGGCCAUUGAUAAAUCAGCUUUGCAUGAUCAUCUUGGUGGGUAUCUAGGUGAUUAUGUGCCUUUGAAGAGCAGUAUUCAAAUGGAGAACUUUGAUAUUUAA